AUGCCAGAUGAGCGACUGGACGAGGACGACUGCAAAUUUCUGGAGACAGCGUUCGAGCUGGCACAAGAAGCCCUGGAUGGCGACGAGGUUCCGGUUGGAUGCGUGUUCGUUGUCGAUGGAAAGGAGAUCGGAAGAGGCAGGAAUCGAGUGAACGAGACGGGCGAUCCGACGAGGCACGCUGAAAUGGUGGCAGUAACCGAAAUGUGGAACAAAUACCGAGGAGAAUGUAAAGGAAUGCUCCAGAAAUCCACUCUCUACGUGUCAUUAGAACCGUGCGUGAUGUGUUCCUCGGCCAUGUAUGAGCUAGGAAUUCGGAAGAUGGUGUACGGAGCAAACAAUCCGAGAUUUGGAGGUGUGCGCAGUGUCGGCAGUGCGGAAAAGUACAGGAUGGAAGACAACGUAGAAGUUGUGGCGGGCGUCUGGUCGGAGAGAUCCGUGGCUAUCCUGAAGGCGUUCUACGAGAAGCAGAAUCCAUUCGCGCCACCCGAGAAACGGAAAACCAAAAAUCCUGAACCUGAAUAA